CUUCCUUGUUUCUACUUCCGCCUUUGUCCGCGGGGUAAAGGCGCCUUUCUUUGAACAAACGACGACGACGUGCGCCCGGACGCGUCGUCGAUAACGUCGCUUUGAUUUUGUGCCAUGGCAUCUCCACUGAAGAGUCUGGUUAAUGAUGAUAGCAGGUACCAGAAGGCCUUCCAUCUUUUUCUGGAGCGCUCCUCGGAACAUCAGUGCAUGCAGGAUUUCAUCCACAAGGUCCUGCCAGACAUAUUGGCCGGCAUCGGAAAUGGGAAGUCCCACCUUAACGUCAUAGGAGUUGGGAGCGGCGAUGGACACAUUGACCUGGAGAUGUUCUCCCAGCUGCGUCUGAAGCACCCGGGGGUGACGGUGGAUCACCAGGUGGUGGAACCCAGCAGCCAGCAGCUUUACAGCUACAAAGUGUUGGUGGCGCAGAGGUCCGAUUUAGGUUACAUCACCUUCAACUGGAACAAGAUGACAUCCUCGGAGUUUGAGGAUCAAUGGAAGUCAAAGCAGAUGACGAAGAAGGCGGACUUCAUCCACAUGGUUCAGAUGCUCUACUACGUGGCGGACAUUGAAGCCACCAUCAGAUUCUUCCGGAGUCUUCUUGACAAGAACGGGAAGCUUCUCAUUAUUCUGGUGUCUGGUGACAGCGGCUGGGGAACUCUGUGGAGGACUUUCCGUAGUCAGUUGUGCGCCUGUGAAAUAAGUCAGUGUGUGACCACGGCGGACGUCAAAGUCUUCUUGGACUCGGCGGGAGCCAAGUACGCCAGCUACGCGCUGCCUUCUCAGAUGGACAUCACCGAGUGUUUCGCAGAGGGCGACGAGAACGGCGAGCUUUUGCUCGAUUUCCUCACGGAGGUGGAUCGCUUCGGUCACACGGCGCCGCCGCAACUCAAGGCUGACGUGUUGAAGUUGCUGCGAGACCCCGCCUGCUCCCGGGAGUCCAAUGGGAGGGUUAUCUUCAAUAACACCCUGGAGGUGGUCGUUGUGGAUCCACCCACAUAAAAGGGUAAAUGUACGGACUGUAAAACAUCAAAUACUAAUAGAAUUUUGUAAUUCCUCCAACUAUUUCUAUUCAGUUGUAAUAUUACUUGUAAUAUUAAUUUUGCAAUGUGCAUAAUUUUUUUGGCAUGAAAUCUUUGUUCAAUUUAGCACUUACUGUGGAACCCAUAACAAAAAUUCUUAGGGCCCAAUUUUUCCCCUACAGUGGGGCCUGUUUAAAUAUUAACACUGAAUUAGUCAUGUUGAUAUUCACGGUAUUCAAUAAUUAUAUCUAACCUCCUUUCAGUUUAACAGGACAAACCUUGUUAAAUAAUAUGAUUAUUAUCAAGGCUUAGGUCAGGCUGAUUACAAAAUAAGUACUAAUCAAAUAUACUGCAAAAAAAAAAAAAAAAAGCACUCCAAAAACAAAUAAAUUACACAGUAUAAAAAUGUAUAAAUUCUAACUAAAUUAUUAAUAAUAUAAGUUCCUUAAAUAAACUGUCAAUAGAAUUAAAGUGCAAAUGAAAAUACAGCUUCGCCACUUUAGUCAUAUUUUUUGCGCUUGGGAAACUCCAGACUUCUUCUGUUUAAUUUUGUCGUCACUGCCACAAGUGGUGGAAAAGCGUACUACAACUGAGUACUGCUGCGACCCAUAGUUAAGAAAGCGAUGUUUUUUGGCGGCCCUCUAGGGCAGUGGUUCUCAACCUUUUUUCAGUGAUGUACCCCCUGUGAAAAAGUUUUUAAUUCAAGUACCCCCUAAUCAGAGCAAAGCAUUUUUGGUUGAAAAAAAGAGAUAAAUAAGUAAAAUACAGCACUAUGUCAUCAGUUUCUGAUUUAUUAAAUUGUAUAACAGUGCAAAAAUAUUGCUCAUUUGUAGUGGUCUCUCGAACUAUUUGGAAAAAAAGAUAUAAAAAUAACUAAAAACUUGUUGAAAAAUAAACAAGUGAUUCAAUUAUAAAUAACGAUUUCUACACUAGAAGUAAUCGUCAACUUAAAGUGCCCUCUUUGGGGAUUGUAAUAGAGACCCAUCUGGAUUCAUAAACUUAAUUCUAAACAUUUCUUCGCAAAAAAAUAAAUCUUUAACAUCAAUAUUUAUGGAACAUGUCCAAAAAAAAUCUAGCUGUCAACAUUGAAUAUUGCAUUGUUGCAUUUCUUUUCACAGUUCUUUUUGACAGACAUUUUAGUGAGGGUCAAACCAUCAUGGCAUGGGGGAAACUCUGGGUUUAUAGUAAUGAAUGGAAUAGCCUACUUGAUUUGAUGUUCAGUUUAUGAACUUACAUUCAUAUUUUGUUGAAGUAUUAUUCAAUAAAUAUAUUUAUAAAGGAUUUUUGAAUUGUUGCUAUUUUUUAAAUAUUUAAAAAAAAAUCUCACGUACCCCUCGGCAUACCUUCAAGUACCCCCAGGGGUACCGUACCCCCAUUUGAGAACCACUGCUCUAGGGGGUGCUAGCGGCCCAAAAAUGGGCCCCACGGUUAGGGAAAAACUAACAUACAAAAUCAAAGUCUCGCCGUUCCAGCAUGCUGAUCAACAUUAAAAAGUGAUUGGAAAUUAGGGGUGCAAAAAAAAAAUAGAUUCACAUCCAAAUCGCGAUUCUAAAUCGAUGCGUAAUUUACAAAAAACCAAUUACAAUUUUUUAUUUUUUUAUUUUUUAAAUAAUACCAUUUUUUCUUUAAUACGUUUUUCGGCCAUCUCCAUGCUUUUCUAACCUGUAACUUGUUUUGAAACAGUUUCAUUGUUAUCAUCAAACCGAAUAAUACAUUGCGAGAAUCGGUUUGAAUGGGAAAUCGAUUCCGAAUCGAAUCGACUCAUUCGGUGCCCAAAGACUCACACCUCUAAUGGAAAAGACCGGAUCCAUGCAAACAAACAAGUCACACCUUAAUGUACGAUUAAAAGUCUCAAAUGACCGACGUUCUCAAGCUUUUUUCACCAAGUACCACCUCAGAAAAAACUUGGCUCCCAAAGUACCACCAUAAUGACCAGCAUUAAAAUACAGUAGCGUAGUAGGCCUAAGUAUUCAUUAAAAAAACAAGGCAGAGGAUUUAUUUAGUAUUUUUAACCAUUGUAACAUUACAAACCGUUUGAACAGUAACACUGUGUUAAAUAUAGGAAAAUAAAACAUUGUACUUUAAUCAAGGGAUUUUUUAUGUAUUUUUUUUUUUUGGUGUACCGCAAGAUGGAGCCUGCAUACCACAGUUUGAGAAUCACUGACCUGAUGUAUGUUUUUGGGAUGUGGGAGCAAGCCAGAUUGUUCAUGCAUGCUUCAACAGAGAUUCGAACUCUCAAUCUUCUGACUGUGACCCCGACAUACGAACCACCACUGACGUUAAGUAUCUUGUCUUUGCAGUCUAUUCAAUUGAAUAUAAGUUGAAAAGGAUUUGCAAAUCAUUGUAUUCUGUUUUUAUUUACCAUUUACACAACAUGCCAACUUCACUGGUUUUGGGUUUUGUAUUUUAACACUUUUAUGAGUGGGGUCCUUUUGGAUCCUCAAUAAUGUCUUUGUUUGUUUUUUAAACUGUUAAUGCUUGAAUUAUAACGAAUUGAAAUCAGAGAUGUUAUGAAUUAUUUACCUAUUUAAGAAUCCA